UCAGAGACGAAGCAGACGCAGGCUGAGUUUAGGGUGCAGGGGGGCGCUGUGGAGGAGGAAAACCUCUACUGCUGCCAAUAUGACAACAGCAUGUUCAGCAAAUACUUCACCAUCAGGGCCGCGCCACGCCCCAUCACACCUCCUCGCCUGUCAGUGACACCCCCUGCUGGCCAUGUCUUACCUGGUAAGGUCCUGGACUUCCACUGCCAGGCUCCACCCCCCUCUCCAGGUAACCCUCCCCCAAUCUUUCUCCUGAUGAGGCGGCCGUGGGGGGCAGAUUCAGAUCAGGAGGUGGGCCGAUCCUUUGACCCCCACUUGAGGGUGGGUCCAGUCAGCCAGGCGGACAGGGGCACCUACACCUGCAUAUACCAACUCACCCUGCCAGAGGGGGUCCAAAACUCUGCCCCCAGCUUACCUGUCUCCAUCGAAAUUACAGCUCAUCUUCCAGAUCCACUACUGUCUAACGAUCAUGAAGAUGUGUUGCUGUGCACGGGUUCACCCUCAUACCCCGGAGCUCGCUUCUCCCUCUACCACCAGGGGGCAGAAUUACCUAUAGCAACACAACAAGCACUGACGGUUGAGCACAGUGCCCGAUUUGCUGUGAAGACAGAGGGUUGGUACCAGUGCCAGUACAGCGUGCUGCUGGGCACUGACUGGGCACACUCUGAACGCAGCUCCACCAUAAAACUACCCUGCACUACAGGAUCACCUUCCUGUAGUCCCAGCAAUUACACCCCACCUCCCACAGCUCAUCUUCCAGAUCCACUACUGUCUAACGAUCAUGAAGAUGUGUUACUGUGCACGGGUUCACCCUCAUACCCCGGAGCUCGCUUCUCCCUCUACCACCAGGGGGCAGAAUUACCUAUAGCAACACAACAAGCACUGACGGUUGAGCACAGUGCCCGAUUUGCUGUGAAGACAGAGGGUUGGUACCAGUGCCAGUACAGCGUGCUGCUGGGCACUGACUGGGCACACUCUGAACGCAGCUCCACCAUAAAACUACCCUGCACUACAGGAUCACCUUCCUGUAGUCCCAGCAAUUACACCCCACCUCCCACAGCAGGAAGUAAGGUGGACCUGGCUCUGAUAAUCGGUUCCGUCUCGGCCGCGCUGCUGUUCCUGCUGGUGCUGAUCAUUCUGGGCUUUGCUGUACACAAACACGCUAAGGCAGCAGCAGUGAAAAGGAGACAGAGAGAGCAAGACACGUUCUGGCAGCAGUUUUACUUCAAAGACCACAUCGUAGAUCUCACACUACAGAGAAUCAACACCAGCCCAGCGGAGUUUUCUGGAGCAGAAAAUGGACGUAUUUCAGUUUCAGAGCCCAUCUACGACUGUCCAUUCAGUACAUUCAACGGUCCUUUAGAUAAAUGAGUCAGUGUGUCUCUCUGUGAGAAUGGCGAGGUGUGUUUAUGGGACAGAUCCACCUGACCCGCCUGCACUGAAUACCAUUACAGGUGUGCAGCUUACCUGAGUGCAACAGUGGGCGGGGCAUGCAGAUGGUGUGGCUGAUCAGAGACAUGAAAGUAUUUGGUUUGCACUGAACUCUGCCAGGUCGUCACUUUAGUUUCAGUUCUACUGGCGGCUAAACUCGCUUUUCUUAUAUAAUACUGAACCGCAUUCACACCCUCAUUGAAGAAUCCCACGCUGUAUCAGCAGAAUCCAGACUUACUCAGAUCAGUUACACCUUUAUUUUUAUUAUACAAAUACAGUCAAAUUAAAAUGCUUAUAAGAAAAUGCUAAUUCAAUAUUUGCAAUUGCAUUUCAGAAUAAUUCACUUAAAUAAUUCACUUGCAAAGUCAUAUGCUUACAUUUUUGUGUGUAAUGUAGGAAAAUGUAAACUGUGGAUUACAGAUGUUUAAAAGAAGUGGCUGAUGUUUGAGUAUUAAUAUUAUA